AUGGACACACCCGGUGGUUUCACCGGCAACGAAGCCCAACCGACCGUUGUGCUUCGUUACGGCCGAAUUCGCGAAACUGUGGGUCUCAUACGGAAUGAGCAGAUGCUCGAUUUUUUGUUCGACGUCGCACGUCAAAUUGUCGAGAAACGCGAGAGUCUCGAUGGGCGGCAAAUGUAUUUGUUUCGACACGACUACAACUCGCCGACACUCCUUCAUCCGAUAUCAUCGCCGACGCAGAUUGUGAGUACGCAACGGCGCAAUCAUGGAAGUAUUAUCGAAAUUAUUACAGUUGAUCGUUGUGAACCGGCAGCGGCACCACAUUCGGUUGAGCCUGAAACCUAUAUGAGGCCGACAUUCUGCGAUUAUUGCGGGGAGAUGCUGACAGGUUUUAUACGACAAGGGGUCAAGUGCAAACAAUGCGGAGGCAACUAUCAUAAGCGGUGCAGCAAUGCGGCGAGGAAUAAUUGUCCAGUCGUUGCGUCGUCGUCAACAUCACGUCCACCAGUCGUGCCGCCGUCUCCACAAUCACCGACUUUUCCAGUUGCAGCGCUUUCAACGCCAUCCGGGCUUCCACACACUUUAAUCGAACAUAAUUAUCGACAAUUCACGGUUUGCAAAGUUUGCGAUCAUUUGUUAGUUGGUCUAGUCAAACAAGGCCUUAAAUGUCGAGAUUGUGGGGUAAAUGUACAUCGAAAAUGUGCCAUUGAAUUGGAAUCAAAUUGCGUUUUAGCAGAUAAUGCAAUAUCUAGAGUGAAUAUGAGCGACACUGAACAAAUGGAAGGAAGCAGUACAGAUAAUAUUCCGCUGUUCAGAUUGCCAGGUCAAGUGCGUGCCAGCGAAAAGAAGCAUCUCGAAGGAUGGAUGAUGCAUUUCGUCUUAACAGAUCCCGAGCGCCGUCUCAAACAUUAUUGGAUGCUCGUGAACAACGCGAUUCAUAUGUACAAUGAGUAUAACGAGGGAAUCGGCGUCAAUCCGAAUCGCGUCUACAAAAUUAUUCCACUAGCCGAGAUUGUCUCAGUCGUCACCAACAAUGGAAAAUCGGUGUUGGCCAAACAUCCGCCGCAUUGUUUCGAGAUCCGAACGACGAACCAAAUUGUGUAUUGCGUUGGCGAGGACUAUCACGCGUUUUCCGGUGGUCCGCCGAAAAAAAUUCCGAGGAGUAUGAGCGCGAGGCCAAUGUCAAACACGAAUAUGUGGUUUCAAUUCAUCAAGGAAUCGUUGCAACCGCCGUCGCGAACCGAAGAUAAUACGGAACAGGCGCUGGAAUUUGCGAAUUUGUAUCAAGUUUUGAGCGAUAAAACAUUAGGAAGCGGUCAAUUCGGAACCGUCUAUUCGGCGAUUCAAAGGCAUUCGGGGAAAGAAGUCGCCGUUAAAGUGAUCUCAAAAGAGCGCUUCUCGAAAAAAGGCAGCGGCGCUGAGUCGAUGAGAGCCGAGGUGGCGAUUCUUCAACAAACGUGCCAUCCGGGAAUUGUGCGUCUCGAGUUCAUGUGCGAGACGAAAGACAAAAUAUUCGUUGUGAUGGAGAAGAUGAACGGCGAUAUGCUCGAAAUGAUAUUGUCGCAAGAAUUGGGACGACUCAAUUCGAGAGAGACGAAAUUCUUGCUGGUUCAGAUUUUGUCGGCAUUGAAAUACCUUCAUGAUCAGGGAAUCGCCCAUUGCGAUUUGAAGCCGGAGAACGUGCUCCUUUCGGACAUGCAUUCGAAUUUUCCGCAAACGAAAAUCUGCGAUUUCGGCUACGCGCGCUUCAUUCCCGAAUCGCAGUUUCGCAAGACCGUUGUCGGCACGCCGGCCUACCUACCGCCGGAGGUCUUACAACGAAAAGGCUACAACAAAUCGUUGGAUAUGUGGUCGGUUGGUGUCAUCAUCUAUGUGACGCUUUCGGGAACAUUUCCGUUCAAUGAAGGCGAAGAGGUCGCCGAGCAGAUUCAGAAUGCCUCGUUCAUGUUUCCAAAUGAUCCAUGGUCGGAAGUCGAUCCGUUGGCGAUUGAUUUGAUUCAGCAGCUUCUGAAAGUUGAAAUUGAAGCUCGGAUAUCCAUCGAGAAAUGUCUUGAUCAUGAAUGGCUCAAAGGAGAGCAAUUGUACAGAGAUUUAAGGGACCUUGAAAUUCGGCUAGGCGGACCAAGGUACCUAACCAGCGAACAAGACGACGUACUGUAUGGUCGAUGA